UGGAUUAAAGGUGCUGAGCGUUCAUCCUCCCAAUCGAACCACGCCUGAGCUGCAGCUGGACCGCAUGAAAGACCGGUUGAACACCACAGACCAGGCUGCUGUUUUUUUAAAUAUUAUUUUUUCACCUGUGCUUCCUCCGGCUCAGUGAUAAAAGCGACAUAGUGAGGGACGUCGACACCAAAAUACGGACCGAACUCACCUACAGUGCCUGCAGCUGAAAAUCAGCUAACAUGACAGACGCGGACAAGUUCCUGUAUGGGGACCGCAGUGGGGUUAACAACCCUCUGGCCCAGGCCGACUGGGCCGGCAAGAAGCUGGUGUGGGUCCCCUCAGAGAAGAUGGGCUUUGAGUCCGGCUCCAUCAAAGAGGAGCAAGGAGAAGAGUGUUUGGUGGAGCUGACUGACUCGGGCAAGAAGGUGAAGGUGAACAAAGAUGACAUUCAGAAGAUGAAUCCACCCAAGUUCAACAAGGUGGAGGACAUGGCGGAGCUCACCUGCCUGAACGAGGCCUCUGUGCUGCACAACCUCAAGGAGAGAUAUUACUCUGGACUCAUCUAUACGUACUCUGGUCUCUUCUGCGUGGUGGUGAACCCGUACAAGUACCUGCCCAUCUAUACUGAGGAGAUUGUGAACAUGUACAAGGGCAAAAAGAGACAUGAGAUGCCUCCUCACAUCUAUGCCAUUACAGACACAGCCUACAGGAGCAUGAUGCAAGACCGUGAGGACCAGUCCAUCCUUUGCACUGGGGAGUCAGGAGCAGGAAAAACAGAAAACACCAAGAAGGUCAUUCAGUAUCUCGCCCACAUCGCCUCAUCAUUCAAAUCCAAGAAAGAUCAGGGCAGUGCAGUGUUAUCACAUGGAGAAUUGGAGAAACAGCUGCUUCAAGCAAACCCAAUCCUGGAGGCCUUUGGCAAUGCAAAGACUGUCAAGAAUGACAACUCCUCAAGAUUUGGAAAAUUCAUCAGGAUCAACUUUGAUGUCAAUGGAUACAUUGUUGGAGCCAACAUUGAAACUUAUCUGCUGGAGAAGUCUCGGGCCAUCCGACAAGCCAAAGAUGAGCGAAGCUUUCACAUCUUUUACUACCUGCUGUCAGGAGCCGGGGACAAAAUGCGCUCUGAGCUCUGUCUGGAGGAUUACAGCAAGUACCGUUUCCUGUCCAAUGGAAAUGUGACUAUUCCCGGCCAGCAGGACAAGGACAUGUUUACUGAGACCAUGGAGGCCUUUAAAAUCAUGGGCAUCCCAGAGGAGGAGAGAACUGGUCUGUUGAAGGUGGUGGCGGCAGUGCUACAGUUGGGGAACAUGACAUUCAAGAAGGAGCGUCACUCCGACCAGGCCUCCAUGCCAGAUGACACUGCUGCCCAGAAAGUCUGUCAUCUGCUGAGCAUCAACGUGACGGACUUCUCACGAGCCAUCCUGUCUCCUAGAAUCAAGGUUGGCAGGGACUAUGUGCAGAAGGCCCAGACUCAGGAGCAGGCAGAGUUUGCAGUUGAGGCUCUGGCCAAAGCAUCUUAUGAGAGGAUGUUCCGCUGGCUGGUGAUGCGGAUCAAUAAGGCCCUGGACAAGACCAAGAGGCAGGGAGCCUCCUUCAUUGGCAUCCUUGAUAUUGCUGGAUUUGAGAUCUUUGAGCUGAACUCAUUUGAGCAACUUUGUAUCAACUAUACCAAUGAGAAGCUGCAGCAGCUCUUCAACCACACCAUGUUCAUCCUGGAGCAGGAGGAGUACCAGAGGGAGGGCAUCGAGUGGAGCUUCAUUGACUUCGGCCUCGACCUGCAGCCUUGCAUCGACCUCAUUGAAAAAUCUGCCAGUCCUCCUGGGGUUCUAGCUCUGCUGGAUGAAGAGUGCUGGUUCCCUAAAGCCACAGACAAAUCCUUUGUGGAGAAGGUGAUUCAGGAGCAGGGAACAAAUCCCAAGUUCCAGAAACCAAAGAAACUCAAGGAUGACGUUGAUUUCUGCAUCAUCCACUAUGCUGGAAAGGUCGACUACAAAGCGGAUGAGUGGUUGAUGAAAAACAUGGACCCUCUGAAUGAAUGUGUGGCCACUUUGCUGAACCAGUCUGGGGAAAAAUUCAUUGGUGACCUGUGGAGAGACAUGGACCGUAUUGUUGGCCUGGAUAAGGUGGCAGGAAUGUCAGACUCUAUGCAUGGGGCAUUUAAAACCCGCAAAGGCAUGUUUCGCACUGUGGGUCAACUGUACAAGGAGCAGCUGGGUAACCUCAUGACCACUCUUAGAAACACAAACCCCAACUUUGUCCGCUGCAUCAUCCCCAACCAUGAGAAGAAGGCAGGUAAACUGGAGCCUCACCUUGUUCUGGACCAGCUGAGGUGUAAUGGUGUCCUAGAAGGGAUUCGCAUCUGCAGACAAGGCUUCCCUAACCGCAUCGUCUUCCAGGAGUUCAGACAAAGGUAUGAAAUUCUUACUCCAAACGCCAUCCCAAAGGGCUUCAUGGAUGGAAAACAAGCCUGUGAGCGAAUGAUUACAGCCUUGGAGCUGGACCAGAACCUGUACCGUAUUGGUCAGAGUAAAGUGUUCUUCAGAGCCGGAGUGCUGGCUCACCUGGAAGAGGAGCGAGACAUGAAGAUCACAGAUGUCAUCAUGAACUUCCAGGCCUGGUGCAGAGGAUACCUGGCCCGCAAGGCCUUUGCUAAGAAACAGCAGCAACUGAUCGCGAUGAGAGUGAUCCAGAGAAACUGUUCGGCAUACCUCAAACUCAAGAAUUGGCAGUGGUGGAGACUUUUCACUAAGGUGAAGCCUCUGUUGCAGGUGACUCGGCAGGAGGAGGAGAUGGUGGCCAAAGAGGAGGAGCUGAUUAAGGUGAAGGAGAAACAGAUGCAAGCUGAGCAGCAGAUCAAAGAGUUUGAGGCCAAACAACAACAGCUGCAUGCAGAGAAAUUGGCUCUUCAAGAGCAGUUGCAGGCAGAGACAGAGCUGUGUGCAGAGGCUGAGGAGAUGAGAUGCCGUCUAGCCUCCAGGAAACAGGAGCUAGAGGAGAUCAUUCAUGACCUGGAGUCCCGCCUGGAGGAGGAAGAUGAGAGGUCCUCACAAAUGCUCAAUGAGAGGAAAAAGAUGCAGCAGAAUAUCACGGAGUUGGAGCAGCAGCUGGAUGAGGAGGAAGCAGCCCGACAGAAGCUUCAGAUGGAGAAGGUCACGACAGAUGCCAAGCUAAAGAAGCUGGAGGAGGACAUAAUGGUUAUGGAUGAUCAGAACGGCAAACUUAAUAAGGAGAAAAAACAGCUGGAGGAGAGGAUAUCAGAGUUCACCACCAACCUGACUGAGGAAGAAGAGAAGUCCAAAAGUCUACAGAAACUCAAGAAUAAACACGAAGCAAUGAUCACUGAGUUAGAGGAUCGUCUCAGAAAGGAGGAAAAACAGCGUCAGGAGUUGGAAAAAAACAGACGUAAACUCGAAGGAGACUCCUCUGAGCUCGCAGACCACAUUGCGGAACUGCAGGCUCAGAUUGCGGAGCUCCGAGCUCAGCUGGCAAAGAAGGAGGAAGAACUCCUUGCUGCUCUGGCCAGAAUUGAGGAAGAGGCUGCAGCCAAGAACGCAGCCCAAAAGAAGAUCAGGGAGUUGGAGGCUCAGAUGGCCGAGCUACAGGAGGAUCUAGAGCUGGAGAGGCAGGCACGCUCAAAGGCUGAAAAACAGCGCAGGGACCUUGGAGAGGAACUGGAGGCACUUAAGACUGAGUUGGAGGACACACUGGACUCCACUGCAGCUCAGCAAGAGCUCAGGUCUAAACGAGAGAUGGAGGUCACCCAGCUGAAGAAGUCUCUGGAAGAAGAGGCCAAGACACAUGAGCAGCAGAUGGCAGACAUGAGGCAAAAACACAAUCAGGCUUUUGAUGAGCUGAAUGAACAACUGGAACAGGCCAAAAGGGGCAAAGCAUCGAUUGAGAAAGCCAAGCAGGCCCUAGAGAGCGAGUGGAACGAGCUGCAGAUUGAGAUGAAGACUCUGACUCAGGGCAAAGGAGAAUCCGAACACCGCCGCAAAAAGGCUGAGGCCCAGGUUCAAGAACUUCAGGUCAAAGUGGCAGAGAAUGAACGACAUAAGCAGGAGGUCAAUGACAAAAUGACCAAGAUGCAGGCAGAACUGGAUAAUGUUAAUGCCCUCCUGGGUGAAGCAGAAGGUAAAAACAUCAAAACCAGCAAAGACCUUUCUUCUGUUGAGUCUCAGCUGCAGGAUGCACAGGAGUUGCUCCAAGAGGAGACUCGUCAGAAGUUAUCUCUUUCUAGUCGCCUGAGGCAGAUGGAAGAUGACCAGAACAACCUGCGUGAAAUGCUGGAGGAUGAGGAGGAGAGCAAGAAGGCCGUGGAGAAGCAGGUCUCCUGUCUGCAGGCUCAGCUGGCAGAAAUGAAGAAGAAGCUGGACCAGGAGGCCUCUUCCCUGGAGGGAGCAGAAGAGGGCCGCAAGAAAGUCCAGCGGGAGUUGGACAGCAUCAUGCAGCAACUGGAGGAGAAGACUUCAGCAUACGACAAGUUGGACAAGACAAAAAAACGUUUACAGCAAGAGCUGGAUGACCUUUUAGUGGACCAGGACAACUUGAGGCAGAUUGUAUCCAACCUGGAGAGGAAGCAGAAGAAGUUUGACCAGAUGCUGGCCGAGGAGAAAACGAUUUCCACUCAGUAUGCAGAGGAACGUGACAAGGCCGAGGCUGAGGCCAGGGAGAAGGAGACAAGAGCUCUGACACUGGCCCGUGAUUUAGAGACCAUAACUGACCAGAAAGAUGAGCUGGAUCGAGCCAAUAAGCUGUUGAAAGCGGAGAUGGAAGACCUGAUGUGCUCCAAGGAUGAUGUUGGCAAGAGUGUUCAUGAGCUGGAGAGGUCAAAGCGUGCCAUGGACCAGCAGCUGGAGGAGAUGAAGACUCAGCUGGAGGAGCUGGAAGAUGAGCUACAGGCCACAGAGGAUGCCAAGCUGCGUCUGGAGGUCAACAUGCAGGCCAUGAAGGCCCAGUUUGACCGAGACCUGCAGGCCAGAGAUGAGCAGGGAGAGGACAGGAGGAAACAGCUGGUCAAACAGGUGCGUGAGAUGGAGGUUGAGCUCGAAGAGGAACGCAGGCAACGCUCUCAGGCUCUUUCAGCCAGGAAAAAACUGGAGCUGGACCUUGGAGAGCUUGAACAGCAGAUCGAUGCUGCCAACAAGGGACGUGAUGAUGCCCUCAAACAGCUGAAAAAACUCCAGGCCCAAAUGAAAGAACAGAUGAGAGAGCUGGAUGAGCUGUGUUUGUCCAGGGAUGAAGCUGUCAACAGUGCCAGAGAGACUGAGAAGAAACUCAAGACAAUGGAGGCAGAUGCUGCUCAAAUUCAGGAGGAUCUGGCUACCGCAGAGAGACUCAAGAGACAAAUUCAGGCAGAAAGGGAUGAACUCCAGGAUGAGAUGAACAACAGUAACACCAAGAACUCUCUGCUCACAGAUGAGAAGAGGAGGCUUGAGGCUCGAAUCACCCAGCUGGAGGAAGAACUGGAGGAGGAGCAGGUCAACACAGAGAUGACCAACGAUCAUUUGAAGAGAACCACGCUGCAGGCCGAUCAAUUGACCACGGAGCUGUCUGCAGAGCGCAGCAACUCCCAGCGUUUGGAGGGGGCUCGUUCCCAGAUGGAUCGCCAGAACAAGGAGCUGAAGCUAAAGCUGCAGGAGCUUGAGGGAACCAUCAAGUCCAAGUACAAAUCCACCAUCACCUCUUUGGAGGCCAAGAUCCUCCAGCUAGAAGAUCAGCUGGACACUGAGUCAAAGGAGCGUCAGGGGGCCUCCAGGCUGGCCAGGAGGACCGAGAAGAAGCUGAAAGAGGUGCUGCUGCAGGUUGACGAUGAGAGACGCAACACAGAGCAGUACAAAGACCAGGUGGAGAAGACUAACAUCCGAAUGCGCCAGCUGAAGCGUCAACUAGAGGAGGCCGAGGAGGAGUUGACACGAGCCAAUGCCUACCGCAGAAAGCUGCAGAGGGAGCUGGAUGAUGCUGCAGAGUCAGCAGAUGCUAUGAACCUUGAAGUCAGCUCUUUGAGAAGCAAGUUCAGGCGUGGGGAUUUACCUUUAAAAAGUCGAUGUGCAGUGAUCCGCUCUGGUUUGGACAGCGAUGAGGAUGUGGACAUGCAGACUGAGGCAACUGAGCCUGCAGCAGAAUAAAGAGAGGAGACACCAGAGAGGUCAAUUAAAAUGACCACUUUGAAAAUGCAGAUAUAAUAAAACAUUGGCUAAGCACAGUUUCAAUUAAGACUUUUUUCUCAGCGGCUUCAGCCUUGUAUUCCUUUUGACUGUCAUCAUAAAUAGCCUUACUUUUUCUUUUUAAAUUAAAAAACAUUUAUAUUUGGCCAAAUUAUCAUUUUCAUCUCAGUCAACAUGAAAAAGGGUUUUCUAAAAUGUUUCCCACAUACUUUUCCUGGUAUAUUUUUCUACUUAAUGGGUGUAUUUCAUCAAAUAAUAUUGCUUCAUUUUAUUUUUUACUUGAGAUUUAUAUGCCAUUACUGUACCACUGUGGGGAAUACUGGACAUGUUAUGCUUUUUUGCACAAAAAUGGGUCUUUAGGUAGUUUUGAUGCAGUUCAUGUUGGUUGGUGUCACUAUAAAUUUGUAUUGUAUGCUCAAAUUUUGUCAUGCUUUACCUCAACCAAUUUUGUACAAUGCCAACACAAACAAACAUAGGAGAAACAAAGUUGAUUUGUUGUUAUAACUGUUGGCACAAAUGUUGUGCCACCACUUGUGGUAUCUUGGUUGAUUCAUCAACUCACUUUUUUUUUUUUUUUGUACGCUUUUUCGAUAUUGGUGGUGGGUUUUUUUUGUAUUUGAUCUCUGCUUGUGCCAUGCUUUGUAUAGCACACAUGGUUUCCAUUAGCACAUUAGCCUCUGAAAGCAUCCCAGAAUUAACACCCUUACAUUUUACAUCCAUAAUACCCUAACACUGUAAUAUUAAGUUUCAAGUUAAAGUCAUGCUAUUUGAAUGCUGUCCCUUAUUUCAUCAAAUGCCUUAAUGCAAUAAAUUCACAAAAUUAUGAAUUGAA